CAUAUAACCACAUUCUCGAUCAAUACUUACAAAAAUAGACACUAUGACAAAACUAGCCUUAAUUCUUUCUCUUUGCAUCAUUUUCACAACUUUCAUCUCUUCCUCUAAUGCCAUUUCCUCUUGCAAUGGCCCGUGCAAAUCGUUAAACGAUUGCGAUGGGCAAUUAAUAUGCAUUAGAGGAAAAUGCAACGAUGACCCUGACGUUGGAACCAAUAUUUGUGGAGGAGGAGGAGGAGGAAGUUCUCCUUCUCCUCCGUCUACUGGUUCAACGCCAGGUAUGCUAACUCUUAACGACUUUAGUGAAGGUGGAGACGGGGGUGGUCCAUCAGAAUGUGACGAGAAAUAUCAUGAUAACAACGAAAGAGUAGUCGCGUUGACUACUAGAUGGUACGAUAAUGGUUCAAGGUGUGGAAAAAUGAUACGUAUUCGGGCCGAUAAAAAUGGCAAGAGUGUAAUGGCUAAGGUUGUGGAUGAAUGUGACAUAAAAGAUGGUUGUAAAAAUAAUGUAGUGGAUGGUUCAAUUGCUGUGUGGAGAGCUUUGGGAUUGAAUACUGAUGAGGGAAGAGUUCCUAUUACUUGGUCCAUGGCCUAGGAGAUAUAUCACUACCAAAAAGUCCGAUAAAUUCUGUAGCUAAUCAGCAGAAUUCAUCGUUGAUCCUAUUUAGAGAUCGAUACUUAAUAAAAAGAGAAAUUGUUACCACUUGGUCCAUAUGGCCUAGGAGAUAAUAUUAUUAUUACUCCUAUAUAUGUGGCUUAAGUUUACUUUAAUUUAUUAUGUGUGUUUUGUUGUAAUAGAGUAAAGUUUGAAUAAUUGUGUCAUCUUAUUAUUAUAUAAAAUAUGUGAUAAGAUGGACAUUACUAGUGUACCUCAAGAAUUUGUUAUGAAAUAUUUCUAGUUAAUAUGUAUGGGUU